GCUAAUUAUAAAAAAUUAAUUUUUGAGAACACGCGCACGAUCGACAGUGAGCCAUUUGUAAUUGUAACUUUACUUGGAUUGUUAGUGAUUUUGUUUUGAAAAGAAAUGUGGCCAAGGUUCGGAAUUAAAAUUGGCAAUAGCACAUUAUGUAUUGCGCAUGUAAAAGCAGAUGGUAAACCAGAAGUUAUUGCAAAUAAGCAAGGCGAUCGUAACUCGCAGGCUUGCCUUUUGUGGGAUGGCGCGGAAGAAAUUGAAUGUGGUUUGACGGCGAAGCAGAAAAUGGCCACACGGCCAAAGCAAGCAGUUGCUAAUAGUUUCCAGCUUCUUGCGCCUCAAGAUUUAGACGAGCAAAGACUAGCUGCAGCAAUAAAGGAACUACCGUGUGAUUACGAUAUUCUCAGUCAUACUUUUCGACUAAAAUGUCAAAUACAAGAUGACAAAAGCGAUGAAUUGAAGGACAAUAUACACGAAUUGACUCCCUUCGAUGUGCAAGUAAAGUUAUUCCGCGCAGAAUUGGAAUUGGCACGUCAAUAUCAUAAUGACCCUGAAAAAGAGCCCAUCGUUGUAAUCUCUAUACCGACUUACUAUCCAAAAUCUGCCUGGCCCGAGUUAGCUCGAGCUGCCAAAGACGCAGGCUUUCAUGUAGCACAAAUUGUCUCCGAACCCACCGCUGCAAUACUUGCUUAUGGGAUUGGCGAACAGGACGCUGAGGAAAACACCGAUAGUAGCAGCAAAACAAAGUAUGUUCUUACCAUAAAGUGUGGCGGUUUGAAUAGUCACUUUGCAUUAUAUUCAGUGAGGGAUGGACUAUAUACACAAUUAGAUGCAUAUGGGCCAUAUGCAAUUGGUGGUCAACAUUUUACCGACGCCUUAACGCAAUUCAUUUGCGAGGAGUUUAAGCGAAAAUAUAAAUUAGAUCCACAUGAAAGCCGCCGUUCUUUGGCAAAAAUACGUAAUGCAGCCACCAACUGUAAGCAUAUAUUAACAACUCUUCCCUCAACGCAAAUCUACAUUGAUUCAUUAAUGGAUGGUGUUGAUUUCAAUGCUCAAAUGUCAAGAGCUCGUUUUGAAAGUCUUAUUCAACCGGUGAUUAAUAAUUUUAUGCAAACGCUAAAUGAAUGCGUUGAACGUGCGUCUUUAGAACACAGCGAGGUAAAAAAAAUCAACUCAAUUGUAUUACUGGGAGCAACGAUGCGUAUACCAAAACUUCAGACAGCUGUAGCAGCACGAUUUCCAGAAGCUCAAUUGCAUUCGAGCAUAUCAGCUGAUGAGGUUGUUGCUAUAGGAUGUGCAAGGCAAUCAACUUUCCUUCAUGCACCCCAUGAACAAGAACUAUUAUCCACAGAAGGACGGAUAUACGUAGAAGAGGAUCUUUUUAUUUGGCACGGUAAUGAUGAAGCGAACGCCCAAGUCUUGAUUGAAAAAGGCACAUCACUACCACGCAAAGUUAUGCUUGACCUGAAGCAAAAUAAUGAAUCUGAAUGCGAUAGCGUCAUCCGGGUACGUGCUGGUAACAAGGUUAAUGAAGUUUCAUUACCUGGUUUGUCACCAUCUGAUGAUGGCAUGUAUCGUAUUGAAGCAGACAUUGAUUGUAAACAAGUAGGAUCCGAAGCUAUUCAAACGCCACGAUUGCGGAUACGUGUACUCUAAGGAGUAACGUUGAUACUUAGCAAUUAUUCUUACUAAACUUUGUGUAGCCUAUUACUUACAAUAACUUUAUUUACAUUAAAAUGUUUAUUGUUAAUAAACAUAUUAUAAAAAA